AUGAAAAAACUGUCUAACACCGCCUGUUUAUUGGCUGUUUCCGGCUACCACGGCGGUGGAUCGGGGCAGAAAAAGGAUGGCGUUGGCAGAGGGAAGUGUGGUGGUUCUAACGAAACUGGUCUUGCUCGAAUCGGGGUCGGAGUUGAGAGAAAACACCUCCCGAAGUCGGCUGUUCCCCCUGCCCGAAAUGCAGAAUUCUGGGUUUAA